CGCGCGCUGAACUAACGGUGUUGUGUGAUACGGGCGGAAACAAACCUUCCGGACAGGAUGGAGGUGUGCUGUUUAAAAAUGGCUUCCAGAUGCAGGCCAACCCGACCCAUAAAGGACAUAACGCAGCUCUCGUCGGCAGGAUCCUCACACGACUGCGGUGCCCUGUCGCGGGUCGUAAUGGUCAGAAAAACGGAUCAGCGCGUCAUCAAUCACAAGGGCAGCCAGAAGGAUCCACUGUGUGAGGUGAUUACGAUGGAAACGAUACAGACGUACAAGGGCCACAAACCGGACCGGACGGUGGUGUUUAGGGAGAAGUUCGAUCUCACCGGAAAUGACAUGUCACGCUCACUUUCCACCGGCAAACUUUCCGUCGGUUCCCCACGGCUCUCGAUUUCUCCGCUGCGGACAAUCCUUACGACAAGUGCUGAGUUGGAAAAGACACGCAUGGCAAGCGAUCGGAACAACAACAAUACGCCGUUGGGCAGUAAGGCGCCAUCUAGCGACACGAAACGACUCAACGGUCAGAGUGUGGUUGGGACACUUCGUCCAAAGUCGCUCGAUCGGGGUAACAGCAAUGCCAGUCCGUUGCUUCGACACUCCAAAAGUCCCUCGAAGAGUCCUUCGAUUGGAAGCUUAAGGCCGGGCGGUGGAGGUUCACAAUCAUCACUGCGUGGCAGUACGCCCUCACUGUACACGGACUUCGAGCGGGAGUGUCUGAAGGCUCACAACGAGUACCGGACACGGCACGGUGUGCUUCCGCUGAAGCUGAGCAAACGAUUGUGUCGGUAUGCGGAAGAGUGGGCCAAGGUGAUUGCGGCACGGGGUGUGCUAGUGCACCGAAGCAAUUCGGCGUACGGCGAAAACAUCUUCUGCUCGUGGAGUUCGUCCAAUACGGCUGGCUCGAACGUAUGCGUGUGUGGACGGGAACCGGUGGAGAACUGGUACAGCGAGAUCGAUCAGCACGUAUUUGGCAGGGAGCCAGCCACACUGAAGACGGGCCAUUUCACGCAGGUUGUGUGGAAGGACAGCCGGGAGCUUGGCGUUGGAGUAGCACGGAAUCGCUCCGGACAAGUGUUUGUGGUGGCCAAUUACGAUCCACCGGGCAAUUAUAUUGGCAGUUUCGCCAAGAACGUACCACCCGUGGGUGGUUUCGAGAUACCGAAGAUUAUCGUCGACAAACCAUCCGCGCUUAAGCAAACUUCUGUGGAUGAAUCGACCGGAAAGACGACAAUCUCGUCUCUACGGCGGCCUGGUUCGGAGAAGCCAGAAAAACACGUCCGCAUAGUGGAUGAGAAUGAUCCCGAUCAGUUUGACGAGUUUUCUACGGCAAUGCUGAAACAUCACAACGAGUACCGAAAGCGUCAUGGUGCGCCAGAUUUGGUUCUCCACAAAGAGCUCGUUCGGGAUGCGCAACAGUGGGCCGAAAUUUUGGCCCGCGACGAUCGGUUCACCUACCGACAGAACUCGAAGUAUGGCGAGAAUCUCUAUUGUCUCUGGUCCUCGGAUAGAAACGCACGUCCGAACGCACGGGACGUCUGCCGGUCGUGGUACGAGGAAGUGAAGCAGUACGCUUUCACGGUAGAACCGCGCGCCGCCAUAAAAGGUGGCCAGUUUACUCAGAUGGUGUGGAAGGGCACAAAGGAGCUGGGCGUUGGUAUGGGACAAACGCGCAGUGGCAAGGUGAUUGUUGUCUGUACGUACUAUCCGCGCGGUAACGUGCUGGGACAAUUCCUUGCGAACGUUAGUCGGGCGCGCUAAACAGAACAGGAAGUGGCUUUAACAUAGUGAAACAGUACCUUUCACCAAACAUGCGAUAAUCAGGGGAAGAAGGAGCCUUAAUCCGGAUAGGGAACACACCAUUCACACAUAACAUUGUUGCGUCCGCAAGGU